AUGUUUCCUUUCGCUGAGCCAUUGCCAGAUCGCUCGAGGCCGCCAGAAAUUGAGGGCCCUGUGAGGAAGCGUCGUGCUGGCCGGUCAGGUGCUGCAUCUCUGCCAGCAAAACGUCGCCGAACAACUACAUCUACAUUGCGGUGGGCUUCGAGCUUGGUAUCGAAGAGGGCGGAUGCUGUGUCGGCCAGCGCGGCACCUGCUCCGACUUUCUCUCUUACUUCCCACGUACAUGGCAAGGUGCCCACGAAUGAUGACGGCUUCAUGAUCAGGCUGGGUACCCAGGAUGGGUUCCGCGGAAGGUGGUACUGCGGUCGAAUCCUGGAUCCGUCGGAUAUCCCCGGUGCAAGUGAGCAAUGUGGCCCGGAAGGAGGGCCUCAAUGCCAUUCGUGCGCUCGGUAUCAAGCGACCUACGAGCCCGACCUGAAUGAUGACGGAUACCCAGUCAAGCGCAGCUUGAACACGAAAUCCUGCUUCUUGUUCUAUUGUGGAAGGAGUGGCGUCGUGGCAGGUACGGGUGGCAAGUGUGCCGGCGAAGGGCCUCAGUGCCCGUCGUGCCAACGUUUGCAGCAGUCCUUCAAGGCCGGACAUGUAAAUGACGAAGGCUGCAUUGUCAUGCUGGGAACCACUAAAGGCUACACCGGAUUUUUCUACUGUGGCCGAGUGCUGGGCGUCCGGGUCAUUCCAGAUUCGGAUGGCAGAUGCGGUCCAUCAGACGGCCCACAGUGUCCUUCCUGCAAGCGCUAUCAGAAAAGUCAGCAGGUCGUGAUAGACGAAGAUGAGCCCAAACCCAGCGAGACGCCCCAUGCUCCGGCAGCUCCAGAGGCACAGCGUCCAGUGCAAGCACCCCUUGCAAAGGUCAAGCGGGAAAUUCCAGACGAGCCUGCGCCUCCCGCGCCUGCGCCGCCUGCGCCCACUCCGAGAGCGAGAGCUGACACGCGCCCGACUGCGGAGGACAAGCCACAAGCUCCGACGACUUCAACCGGUGCGAAGGGUACAGAAGACACACGGCACUCUGCCAAGGAGCCGAACAAAGGUCGACAUAGCACCAGACAGGAGGCGGUGCCAGACCUUCCGCAGCCAAAGAGGCUCAAGUGUUCAGUUUGCGGACUGUCGGAUCAUCCAGAAACGCUGCUUCUGUGCGACGGGGGACUGCCUGGCUGCGAACAAUGCACUCACUUGGGUUGUUGCAAUCCGCCGCUGAAGGCAGUGCCUGAAGGGGAUUGGUUCUGUGCUUCUUGCCAGAAACAGAGGAGGAGGGGUCGGGGUCGGCCAAAGAGCUUGUCGCAGGCGACACCGAAGUCUGCGCCGUCCGCGCCUGCCGUUCCUGCUUUCCCAAGACACGAGAAGGGCAAGGGCAAAGGUGGAGGCAAGGGUGCGGUCCAAAGCCUGGGAGCAGCUCUCAAGGUGGCUGCUGCUGAGGUCCCAAAGCCGCGCACCCUGGACUGA